AUGCCUCCAGCGAUGGCGUCCGCGCUGCCGCUGGUGCGGCGGCGGGAGGCGCACGCCGCCUUUGCGCUGUCCACGGACUUCGACUACACCGCGUGCACGUGCGACGCGUAUCGCGAUGCGUCCGCUGGUGCGUGCCAGCGAGGCAAGUACGCGAAGAUCCGCGAGUCGCUCGACCACGCGUACCACGGCGUGUACACGGCGGAGCGGCAGGCGCUGCAGGACCGGCUGGCGCACCCUUGGCUGCUGUACACCGCGGGCGCGAUGGGCGCGGGCAAGAGCCACACUGUGCGCUGGAUGUGGGAGGCGGGGCACUUCCCGCUGGAGGCGAUCGUCCACCUCGACCCAGACCUCUUCAAGACGGCGAUGCCCGAGUGGGACGGCUACGUCGCGCUCGACCCGAUGAGCGCCGGCCAGCGGACGCAGCGCGAGAGCGGCUACCUCGUCGAGAUCGCGCAGGCUGCCGCCAUGGCGGAGAGGAGGCGUGUGCACAUCUGGGUCGACGGCUCGCUGCGCGACCUCAACUGGCGCGACCACCCGGCGUACCGCCUCGCAAUCCUGCACGUCACGGCGAGCGAGGAGCAGAUCUUUGCGCGCGAGACGGGGCGGUACGUCGGUGAGGCAGAGGUGCGCGACUCCCUCGAGCGCGUGCCGAGGUCGACGCGUGCGCUCGUGCCUCUGGUCGACUUUUCGGCGGUGGCAUCGGAUGAUUCGCCGCGCAUCCUCUCCUACUGCGACUCCGACCGCUGCCACGUUGGCAGCGAGGCGUGCUACGACAGCGGGUGGAGCGACAGCGCCUGGCACCAGAUCUCGUGCCGAUUCGAGUCGGUGCCGGCGCCCGCGAGCCAGUCCUCGCCGCUGCCGCGCCGCAGCGUGAUGGGGAGCGAACCCUGA